ACGGGCCCCUCCACCAGCACUCGCCAUGUACUAGUCUGCAGUUGUUAUGAUACGCCACUCGCCACCUGAGCCAUUGCUGUUUCCCCGUAGAUGUGUUUUAAUGCAUGUGUAUAACAAGAUCAAAGGGAUUUCACAGAGGAAUAGAUGAGAGAGGCUGAUGAUCCUGAAGAGAAGAGGGGGAGAAGAGGCGAGGGCGGACACCGGCCCUUCUGUGCUCGUUUGAGGGGUUAACUAGAUGUUUUUUUCUUUCUCGUGAUGGAGUCCUUGGAAUUUAGGGACGUAAGGGGCGAUGUGAUAUUUGUGGAGGCGAGGUUGGAGCCCGCAUCCUGCAACAAAAGGGCUACAGAAUUCAGUGUAAGUAGCAGCCGCAUCCAGUUUCUACCAUGGCUGGGAUAUACAAGUGUCCUAGCAGCCAUAGCCUUUUUAGCUCAACUACAUACACUUCAUCCAGCGUGGCUUCUGACGGCAGUCUUAACACAGCUGGCAACACUUUUGUACAGAGUUCAUCGAAAAGUUGUUAGUGAAACUUUACUCGUAGUAGCUGGCUUAGGGAUCCAGACCACUACUACUUUCUACACCGGGCGGCAGCACACGCGUUUUAUUCCUUGGGGAGACAUUAUUGAUGUUAUCAUUGCAGAGACAAUAACCAUGCAACGUGUACUAUUCUACAUGGCUCUACUUGUAAGAGCUGAAGGGACCAAAGCUAACCAGAAACUAUUACCUCUCUUUAUGAAUACUUGGCCACGGUUAGCCUGCUUGCGGCAUAUCUACUGCGCAUGCCAAGAAGUUCUCUCACCAAGUUCUAAGUUAAAAUGAUAUUUGAUGCUGCUGCUGUAAUGAUAAAAGUGAAAGAUGUGCUCUGUUGCACAGUAUUUUGAGAAAUGUAUGUCAAUGAUUAUGUGUUGUUAUUGUUAUGUGAUAUUUAUAGGAGAAGUUACAUGGAGCUGUUUUAGUCAAAUUAGAUCUUUGUUACUUGUGUUUCACAUGUAACUUUUCACCUUGAAAAUAUUUAAAAGAUUUGUGUAAAAAUCCUGUCAUAGAAAACACUAAUCAAAAGGAGUUUUCAUCUUUAAAGUUAUUCAUAUACUCCAAAAUAUAUCUUAUUAUUUGUUGUGACAACAAGUUUCAACAGACACAGAAGAUAUAAUUUUAUAACUUUUAUAGAAUAAAUACGAAAUGUGAUAAUUGUGGAGGUAAGAAUCCCAAAUUUUUAAAACUGUUUCAUUAGACUUGUACAAGGUGAAUGAUAAGGUCACCUUCAAGUAAAAAAAAAGCAAAAAACGUGGUUGGGGAUGACCUAGCGUUGAAGGUCAAAGCAUUGAUAAGUCUCUGCAUAGAGUGUUACUGCAUCAGUUGUUAUUCUGCUGUUGGAUCCACUCUUUGGGCAUGCAAAGCCAGUACUGCCAAUUCUUGCAGAUUAUGCUCCUAGAAAGUAUUAAAGUUCACUGCUCAGUUAAAAUGUUCCCUAUAAGUUAAGAUCUUUAUCUACCUGAUUAUUGAAUAGUGCAAUAAAUGUUGAACAGCUUUCAAAUGAUACAAAUAUGUCACAGUGGUAAAAGGCAUUAUUCAAUGAUAAGGCUUUGGUUAUAUUUAAAUAGACUUUGCAUUUUCUGAAUGCAUAUUGAAUGAUCAGAGUAAAUCAGAAUGGUUCUGCAACAGUGCUAUUACAUUAAUCAAUGAAUAAAAGUUCCUUAAUUGCAUGAGUUUUAUGCGAUUAGAUAUAAUUACAGAUUUCUUUUACUAUAUUUUGUCAGUGGGCUCAUAGCAUCAGAAAGUAUGACAUUUGUAUGAAAUAUUGCCUGUCAGACUUAAAUUGAUUUUCUAAGCAGUUUUGAUGAAUAAGUUACUUUGAAAUAUACAGUUUUGAAAAGUGCUGUUGCUAAUGUUUUUAUUACUAUUAUCAUUAGCUUUGGUAUGUAGACCUGGUGCUAUGACUGGAUUCUAAAUAUAACUUUUAUUUACUGUUAAAAGUACUUUAACCCUUUGCUGCUGGGUGAUAUGUAAGUACAUGCCAUGGCAUGUACGUUGCUGCUGGGUGGCAUGUGCAUACGUGUCAUGGUGUGCCGGUCCCGUUUUCCGGGGCAUGUAAGGUCAUGCCGCACUUGCUAUGGUGCCGACACGAUCCUGGCAGCAGGGCUUGGGCCACUAUGAAAACAGCCCAAAAGAGAAGGCUUUUGCAUCGGGAACCACCUGGCAGCAUUGGGUUAAGACUCAGUAGAUAAUUUGUAAAGCUAUCAUUCUAUAUGUGAUACCUGCAGGAGGUAUGUUUGAUUUCAACAAUAGAAGUGCCAUUAAUGUAAAUAGGAGAUAAAUACUAUACACUAUAUAAAUUCAAGUAUAACUCAUUGCAGGUACAGAAAAAAAUUGAAUAAGUGAUUCUAGACUUAUUCUUUAGGAUACUUUUGUGUUAGUAGAAGGAGGCAAGCAAGAUUUCUAAACAAUAUGAUUUGCUACUUUUGUGUACAUGUUGAAUUUUUAUUUUAAUUGAUUUUGGAUAAACACUUACAGUGAUCUAUAAGCAAAUUUGUAAUGUUUUAUGUGUGCCAUUCUUUUUCAAUAUCCAUUAGCUUUUGAAGCUUUAUAUAUAUAAGUAAGACUUAAUGCUGGUAUAGUACUAUAAAGUGAUCUUCACAAUGAUUAUUCUUUCAUAUGAAUUAUUUAUUUGAAAUGUUCAAGAAUUGUAAAGUUCUCUUACAAUGCAUUCUUUUGCAUUGUCUUGAAUUUGUGGGAAAAAUGUUUUUUUUGCUAAUGCUAUAUAGUGGUGUUAUUUUUAUUAUAGACAUUAUAAUUACUAUAAUGUUAUUAAUAUUAGCAGUGGCAAUUUAAGAAAACAAAUUAUUUUCGAAAACAAGGAAAAGGGUAAACAGGUGAGACAAGUAGUAGUAAUGAUUGGCUCAUUGGUGACUUAGUACAAGGGGAGCCAUUUAUGUGUAAAAACAAUUAAUAAAGUAAACUCAAAGUGGGCAUGAAAUGUAUGUACAUGCCAUGCCCAUUGGUUUGGGGUUAAUGAUAUAUGUCUAAUGUGAUACUAAUGUAGGUAAGAAUAGUGUAAUGAGGAAUAGUAGGUUUCAAACUUGAGUCCAGUUGCAUCAGUGAUAAGAUUAGUAUAUGACUAGUAAUGUUGUAGAGUACAGAACACCAGAAUUAAGUAAUAUUUUGUAUCUCUUAGAGUGCUCUGAUAACAGAUAUCAAAAAGCUUGACAUUUCUUUAUUAGAAGCAUUUUACAUUGAAGUGGCAUAAAAAAAAUUGUUUCUCUUGUUAGGAGUGUAUCAGUUUUUGUUUAGUACAAUAUUAUGUGUUGGCCAAAAGGAGGAAAAAAAUUUUCCCAUGUAGGGUAAGGGUUCUUUACUAAUGUGAAAUGUGUUCAUGCAGUGAAGUUACAGUUAUUUGUGAAUGGUAACUAGUCAUCUCUGAAAUAUACAAAUAUGUGUGUUUUUGUUUUUAGAAGAUAUUAGUUAGCGAAUGUUCAAUUUGAUCUCUGUCUGAGAGCUUGGAAGUUAAUCUUGAGGAAAAAAAAAGUGGGAACGAUUUUUUUUCUCCCUUUAACAAAAAUCCUUAGAUUCUCCAUAGGUUAACUUAUAAUGAAAAUAUGCAUUUUGAUGAUAAAGAGACAAACUCCAAAGACUUUGGGAUGUUUCCUUGCACAACAGUAUUAAAACGUUUUUUUCUGUUUUAUGGGGGUUGCAGGAUUAACAUAUGCUAUACAGGGAGUAUAUGUCAGAAAGUUGAUCUUCAUAACUUUUUUUUAUUUUUUUCACUUUGAUUAUCUCUCUCUCUCUCUCUCUCUCUCUCUCUCUCUCU